AUGCCUCCCAAAAAGCCAGCAGCACGCCCUGCUGAUCCUGUGUCAUCCUCAAACGAAGCGAAAGAGAAAGCAGCGCCAAAAUCAGAUGCCGGAGCGCUGCGCAAACUUGUAACUCAUCCCUCUACAGCGAUCAUGGUGAAAGAGGCGCUGAAAGAGUUGGAUUCUCGCAAAGGGGUUUCAUCCCAAGCCAUACAGAAUUAUAUCAAACAGAAAUACCCCUCAGUGGAUCUGGUGAGGCUGAAGCACUUGGUCCGCAGAGUCCUGAAAAAAUGGCUCGAGAAUGGCACUUUGGUGAGACCUGCCAACUCCACGGUCACUACAGGAGCAAUGGGAAAAUUUAGGCUUGCACCAAAAGUUAAAUCGUCAAAGCCAAAAGCGGAGAACAUGGAUCCCAAUGUGGAGAAAGUGCCAAAAGCAGCUGAGGAGGGAGCAAAGAAACCCAAAAAAGCUGGUGCCACUAAGAAGAAAGAAACUGCAAAUGAAAAAAGAAAGUCCGCAAAAGACAAAGAAUCUGCUGCCUCAGCUGUUGCUCCAGCAAAGAGGCCAAAAGCGAAAACUGCUGAAGCAAAAGGGGAUGCAGGAACUUCUGCAACCAAAACUAAAGCACCAAAGACAACCAAGGAGGCAAAGACGGGGAAAACAUCCCAGAGCAAAGCGGCUAAAGCAGAGAGUGACGCCCCUGCUACUAAAACGACCAGCAAACGAGGGAAGAAGACUGCAGAAUAA